UUCAGUAUAACAAGAAACCUUCUUUAAGCUUUCAAAAAAAUGGAGAAUUCCGAGUUUUCAACUGAGUUGCUUCCGGGUUUACCUGAAGAACUCGGUCUCCACUGCUUAUCUCGCCUACCUUACACAGCUCAUGGACUCGCGUCCCGAGUUUGCCAUCGAUGGCGGGAAUUGCUGCAAAGCCUAGAUUACUAUUACCACCGCAAAAAACUGGGGUACACCCAGAAAGUCGCGUGCUUGGCUCUAGUCUUCAACGAUGGAAUCGUUGAUGGACCUAAAAAACCAGGUGGAUCACCGAGUUAUGGGAUUGCUGUGUUUGACUCGGUGAGUCAGAGCUGGGAUAGACUCGCCCCGGCUCCGAAGUACCUAAACGGGUUGCCUUUGUUUUGUCAAUUAACAAGCUGUGAGGGGAAGCUCGUGGUGAUGGGCGGGUGGGACCCGGUGAGUUACAAUCCGGUUCCUUACGUUUUCAUCUACGAUUUCAUGACUCGGCAAUGGAGACAAGGGAAGGAUAUGCCGGCGAAAAGAUCCUUCUUUGCGAUCGGAGCAUGUUCAGGUCGGGUUUUUAUUGCGGGCGGGCACGACGAGAACAAGAACGCGUCGAGAACCGCGUGGGUUUAUGAUUUGAGAACGGACGAGUGGACUGUGUUGGGGGAGCUGAGUAAAGAGCGAGACGAGUGCGAAGGCGUGGUGAUCGGGGAAGACGAGUUCUGGGUGGUGAGUGGGUAUAGAACAGAGAGCCAAGGUCAAUUCGACGGUAGUGCAGACGUGUACGGGUUAAAGUCGGGUCAAUGGAGACGGGUUGAAGGGGUUUGGGAACCCGGUCGGUGCCCGAGAUCAAGCGUCGGGAUCGGAAAAGAUGGGAAACUGUUGAACUGGGCAGAGAUCGACCCGGCCGUUCGGGUCGGAGCAUGUGGAAUCAACCUUGGAGGAGGUCGGGUUUUGGUUACGGGGUCGGAGUAUCAAGGCGCACCGUUUGGGUUUUACAAUGUGGAAAUGAAGGAAGGGCAAAAUAGUACAUUGAAGAAACUCAAUGUGCCUAUUGAGUUUUCUGGGUUUGUCCAAUCGGGCUGCUAUGCAGAAAUCUAAUGCGGUAGUGUUCAAUUUUUGUGU